AUGGCGACAGACAACUACGAAGCUGCAAUUACUCUGAUUGACGAAGCUCAUGCUUUAGAUCCAAAUAUUAGCAUAAUAAAUGGCGAAAGUAAACCCUACGAGCUUCACUACGCACAAAAGAUGACACACUAUCUCUCUCUCCGCGCUCCCAAUGCUUCUCCUAUCCUCAAAGUUGCCAUUCGAGCACAACAUUUUCGACGCUGGGAGGUUCCACGAUCUUCUUAUCCGAUGACCAAACCUGGCUAUCUGAAUUGGAGAUCCUUUCUCAAGAAACGGCAGGGUGAUCUCGCAUCUGCGAUAUGCAUUGGUUGCAAUUUUACAAGUGAGGAGGCGGAAGAGGUGGCUAGACUGAUCAGGAAAGAGGAUCUGAAGAAGAAUGAGGAAACACAAAUCUUGGAGGAUGUUGCUUGUCUGGUAUUUUUGGAUGACCAAUUCGAGGCCUUUGAGAAGGGCCAUGAUGAAGAGAAGAUCAUUUCGAUUCUGAGAAAGACUUGGGGGAAAAUGAGCGAGGAAGGACAUUGUUUGGCCUUGCAAAUACCAAUGAGCGAUACAAUAUAUUUGGUGACUGGCAUAUGGAAGGCUCACAAUCAACUCGGUUCGAAAGCUGGAGUUGAGCUUCUACAAGCAAUUGCUAAGACUUAUGCAGCUGAAAUUGCUGCUCUUGAGAUGAUGUUGAGGAGACUGCUAUCAUUGACGUUGAGAUUGUGUUAUCACAGUAGCUGA